AUGGAUGGGGACAAGAUUCAAGGAGAAGACCUUUCUAAGGCUAAAAAGUACGAUUUGACAUCUCUCCAUGCAGCAGCAUCCCAUGGUCACCUCGAUGUUGUAGAGUUACUCGUUGGCCAAGGAGCAGAUCUAAAUAUAACUGAUUAUGAUGGCAGUACACCUCUCCGCGCGGCAUCAUCCAAUGGUCAAUUCGAUGUGGUACAGUUUCUCAUUGGCCAAGGAGCAGAUCUAAAUAAGACUGGUAAUGAUGGCAGGACACCUCUCCUCGCCGCAUUAUCCAAUAGUCACCUCGAUGUUGUAAAGUUACUCGUUGGCCAAGGAGCAGAUCUAAAUAAGACUGGUUAUGAUGGCAGGACACCUCUCCUCGCCGCAUUAUCCAAUAGUCACCUCGAUGUUGUAAAGUUACUCGUUGGCCAAGGAGCAGAUCUAAAUAAGACUGGUUAUGAUGGCAAGACACCUCUCCACGCGGCAUCAUUAAAUGGUCACCUCGAUGUUGUAGAGUUCCUCAUUGGCCAAGGAGCAGAUCUAAAUAAGGCUGAUAAUGGUGACAGGACACCUCUCCUCGCCGCAUUAUCCAAUAGUCACCUCGAUGUUGUAAAGUUACUCGUUGGCCAAGGAGCAAAUCUAAAUAGGACUGAGUAUGAUGGCAGUACACCUCUCCGCGCGGCAUCAUCCAGUGGUCAAUUCGAUGUGGUACAGUUUCUCAUUGGCCAAGGAGCAGAUCUAAAUAAGGCUGAUAAUGAUGGCAGGACACCUCUCCUCGCCGCAUUAUCCAAUAGUCACCUCGAUGUUGUAAAGUUACUCGUUGGCCAAGGAGCAGCUCUAAAUAUAACUGAUCAUGAUGGCAAGACACCUCUCCACGCGGCAUCAUUAAAUGGUCACCUCGAUGUUGUAGAGUUCCUCAUUGGCCAAGGAGCAGAUCUAAAUAAGGCUGAUAAUGGUGACAGGACACCUCUCCUCGCCGCAUUAUCCAAUAGUCACCUCGAUGUUGUAAAGUUACUCGUUGGCCAAGGAGCAAAUCUAAAUAAGGCUGAUAAUAAUGGCAGCACACCUUUCCAUGUGGCAUCAUCCAAUGGUCACCUCGAUGUUGUCGAGUUACUCGUUGGCCAAGGAGCAGAUCUAAAUAGGACUGAUUAUGAUGGCAGGACACCUCUCCACGCGGCAUCAUCAAAUGGUCACCUCGAUGUUGUCGAGUUUCUCAUAGGCCAAGGAGCAGAUCUAAAUAGGGCUGAUAAUGAUGACAGGACAUCUCUCCACGCGGCAUCAUCAAAUGGUCACCUCGAUGUUGUCGAGUUUCUCAUUGGCCAAGGAGCAGAUUUAAAUAUGACUGGUAAUGGUGGCAGCACACCUCUCCAUGUGGCAUCAUCCAAUGGUCACCUCGAUGUUGUCGAGUUUUUCAUUGGCCAAGGAGCAGAUCUAUAUAAGACUGGUUAUGAUGGCAGGACACCUCUCCACGCGGCAUCAUCAAAUGGUCACCUCGAUGUUGUAGAGUUUCUUAUUGGCCAAGGAGCAGAUCUAAAUAGGGCUGAUAAUAAUGACAGGACACCUCUCCACGCGGCAUCAUCAAAUGGUCACCUCGAUGUUGUCGAGUUUCUCAUUGGCCAAGGAGCAGAUCUUAAUAGGGCUGAUAAUGAUGUCAGAACACCUCUCCACGCGGCAUCAUCAAAUGGUCACCUCGAUGUUGUAGAAUUUCUCAUUGGCCAAGGAGCAGAUUUAAAUAUGACUGGUAACGGUUGCAGCACCCCUCUCCAUGCGGCAUUAUCAAAUGGUCACCUCGACGUAGUAAAGUUUCUCAUUGGCAAAGGAGCAGAUCUAAAUAGGGCUGAUAAUGAUGACUGGACACGUUUCCGCGCCGCAUCAUCAAAUCGUCACGUCGAUUGUGCAGAGUUUCUCUCUUGCCAAGGAGCAGAUCUAAAAAGGACUGGUUAUGAUGGCAGCACACCUCUCGGAUCACAGUCAGUUGAUACAGAAUAUCCUGAAACUUCUACCUCCUUCAAGCUCACUCCUCCGUCGUCUCCUAGGAAGCGUCCCAUCGCUCCUCCUAAACAGAUAUUUGAGACCUCGAAGUGGGAGGAAGAGGCGACGGAUGUUUCCGGUCAGCAAGCUUAUGCUCCUCCAUCUCCUGUCACUAGAUGUGCAUCUCUCCUGGAUCAGCAUCUUAUCAUCAGUCAGGAUCCAGUCGUUGGUUCAAAAAAGGAAAGUGGGAGUGUCGAAAAACAGGUGGAUAACGAAGCAAACGUGCAGACCUCAAAAACAGAACAACAGUACAUAGACUAUGCAUCUUCUGAACAGGUAGUAGAAGAUGUUAUUCUUGAUUCCAUUGGGGCAUCCGAUCAGCAGUCAGGCUCGAUUCGCAUCGAGAAGUAUGGCAUUGAUGUCCAGUUUCAUCCAAGUGAGAUUAGGGGCGUUGAAGACAUCCAGGCAGUACCUGAGGUUCCAGCUGAACUGGUAGACCUGUUGACGGAGGACCAAGCAAUCAUUUGUGUUGGUCUUAAGGCGUCACCGUCUGAUGCAAAGUUUAAAUAUCCAGUAAAAGUGACGAUGCCCCAUUCAGCAAUUUUUACAAGUCCUGAAACUGCCUCUAUUGGGAUUUACCAUCGGAAAAGCAGUAAGAAUCUUUACAGUUAA